AUGGUUUUAUACACUUCUCCAUUUCCCAACAGCUUUCUGUCAGUUCUGCAUUCUUUUUCCUGGGGCUUGAUUUUCCCAUGUUACUGGUUAGCAGAUAGGCUUGUGGCCUCCUUUGUUCCAACCACCUAUGAAAAACGUCAAAGAGCAGAUGAUCCAUGCUAUUUUCAUGCACUCUGCAUCAUUAUUACCACUCCCAUCUACUUGGCACUGUUGGUAGCCUCUCUUCCUUUUGCGCUGAUUGGCUUCUUGUUGUGGUCCCCACUCCAGUCAGCCAGAAGGCCAUAUAUCUACUCCAGACUAGAAGACAAGAACCAUGCCAACGGAGCCACACUGCUCACUGAAUGGAAGGCUGCAGGGAAUGGGAAAAGCUUCUGCUUUGGCAGUGCCAAUGUUUGCCUGCUGCCAGAUUCUCUGGCAAGAUUUAAUAAUGUUUUCAAUACGCAGGCUAGAGCUAAAGAGAUUGGACGGAGGAUCCGAAACGGGGCAAGCAGACCACAGAUCAAAAUAUAUAUAGAUUCUCCUACCAAUACAUCCAUCAGUGCUGCAAGCUUUAGCAGCUUGGCCUCCCCCCAGGGUGGAGAUAACACUAAUCGUACUGUUAAUGCUGGCAUCAAAAGGACAACAUCAAUGGAGUAUAAAGGAGACAAUUCUGGCUCAAACAACACUGAGGACAGCAGAGAAGAUAAAAGUGGAGCUGGAGAGCCAAAUGAGGGAGAAGAAAACACUUGCAUUGUCCGCAUAAAUGGAGAGGAUAAUGGCCACAUGUCAGACACAGAAACAGAUACCAUCAAUGGCCUGGCUCAUGCCAGCGGCCCAGCGGAGCCCUCACUGGAAGGUGACACAGAGAUCUCAAGAACACCUAACCACAGAGAGAAGGAAGGAGAUUCUGGCAGUUUAGACAGCUACUCUGCCUCACGAGAGUCCUUAGUUAAAGUUCGUGUUGGAGAUGGUACAGUGGACCAAAGCACUGUCAACAACAAGCUCCUCUAUAAAGCUUCAAUCAUGAAGAAGACUUCAGUGCGGAAAAAGAAGCAUACAGAUGAGACCUUUGAUCAUGAGAUUUCUGCUUUCUUUCCUGCCAACUUGGACUUUCUGUGUUUGCAGGAAGUGUUCGACAAAAGAGCUGCCGAGAAAUUGAAAGAGCAGCUUCAUCACUAUUUUGAAUACAUUGUCUAUGAUGUUGGGGUCUAUAGUUGCCAUGGCUGCUGUAGCUUUAAGUUUGUGAACAGUGGUCUACUUUUUGCCAGCCGCUAUCCUGUUAUGGAUGCUGCCUAUCACUGUUACCCCAAUGGAAGAGGAACAGACUCCUUGGCUUCCAAGGGAGCCUUGUUUCUCAAGGUGCAAGUGGGAAGUACACCUCAGGACCAAAGAAUCGUGGGAUACAUUUCCUGCACUCACUUGCAAGCUAUUGCAGGAGAUACUACUGUUCGAUGUGAGCAACUGGAUAUGCUUCAAGAUUGGCUGUCUGAAUUCAGAAAAUCUACCUCCUCCUCCAGUACAGCCAAUCCAGAGGAGCUGGUGGCUUUUGAUGUAAUCUGUGGAGAUCUCAACUUCGAUAACUGCUCCUCUGAGGACAAGCUGGAGCAACAGCAUUCUCUGUUUACACACUACAAAGACCCAUGUCGAAUUGGUCCUGGGGAGGAUAAACCAUGGGCAAUCGGUACCUUGUUGGAUCCGGAAGGAUUAUAUGAUGAAGAAGUGUGCACUCCAGAUAACCUACAGAAGGUGCUGGAAAGUGAAGAAGGAAGGAAGGGAUACUUGGUGUAUCCCACCAGCAAGAACCACAGUUCCAGUCAGAAGGGAAGGAAGGCAUCACUGAAGGGGAACGGGAGGAGGAUUGACUAUAUGCUCUAUACGGAAGAAGGCCUCUACCUGGAAUGGAAAGUGGAAGUGGAAGAGUUCAGCUUUAUUACCCAGUUAGCAGGCUUGACAGAUCACCUACCAGUAGCAAUGCGUCUCAUGGUAUCUACAGGAGAAGAUGACCCUUAAAACUGACCAGCUUGGAGAGAUUAGAAGAGGGAAACGUUAACAAUAUUACAAAAAUAUCAGAGGAUAAGAACAAACUAUUCUGGUGCCACGUUAGGAAAGAUGACCAGACCUGACCCGGGCUACUCCCAGACUGCACCAACAAAGACGGAUGUCAAAAGGGAAGAAAAGGAAGGGUUGUGGCAAAAAGCCACUGUCACAAGUUGCUCAGGCAACAGGGCAGGCCUGUACUACAAUGCUUUCACUGUGGACCGAACGGAACCAAGAUGGAAGUCCUAAUUCCUUCUGAACCAGUGCCAUUCUUACUAAAACAUGUUUUUAUACUAAUAUAUAGCACAAUUUAGUUUGUAAUUAGUCUGUGAGUUAGUGCUGCUCAAUGGUUUUUUGCAUCAUUUCUUUGUAUAGCUAUGCAGCUAAAGCUUUUUUUCUUUUUUUAGCCUGUUGAAGUUGUAGUAGAGUGCUUGCAUCAGUAGCAUGCGCCCGCACUGCAUGCCACUCUGAGAUAAAAUAGUAAGAUACCAUGGGGAAUAUCAGAAUAGAAGCGAGUUCAAAAACCAGACACCAGCCAAAGGAAGGCAUUCUGGGACUGGCAAACCCUUCUGUCAUUACAGAUAGACCUUGAAACAAACAAAAACUCCAUUCCGGCUGCAGACCAGUAUCUUUCUGUCCAACUGAAGGAUACUUAAAAGAUUCAGAAUUAAGAC